CACCAUGGCUCUUUGGAUCCGUUCCCUACCUCUCCUGCUGCUGCUGGCUGUUUCAGCUCCUACAGUUAGCCAAGCUGCUCCCAAUCAACGUCUGUGUGGCUCUCAUCUGGUGGAAGCCCUUUUCCUUAUAUGUGGAGAGCGGGGCUUCUACUAUUCCCCCAGGACACGAAGGAACAUAGAACAACCACUAGUGAAUGGUCCUUUAUCGAAUGAGGUGGAAGUACCACUCCAAGAAAUUCAGAAAAUGAAAAGAGGAAUUGUGGAGCAAUGCUGUGAAAAUACCUGCUCUCUCUAUGAACUAGAGAACUAUUGUAACUAGAAGAAAAGA